GUCUGCUUGUGGAGCUCUGGGAUGGAAACCUUUCCACCCGGUUCUCCCCAGCGGUAGCUCUGCGCAUCUCAGAUCGCAGCGGCGCUUGUCUGCUGUGCGGCUGCCGGCUUGUGGAGCUCUCGGAGACCUCUGUGUUCCACCCGGUUUUACCCAGCGGUCAGUCCGGCGUAUCUCUGACUCAGAAGCUCUGGUGUUGUGCACAGUUAACUCCGGUUGUAGCUAGGUUGCUACCUCCGUUAGCUUAGCUCCCACCUCCGCGUUAGCUUUGGGUUAGCUUGUAGCUAGUCCGACCGGGUGUCGUCAGUUGAUCCCAGCCUUACAGCCCCACCCUCAGCUCCUGCUCUCUUCCCUUUUAUGGAAUUGUCUGGGCUUGACGGGACCUGUGACACGGUCAAAAUGGCGGUGGUGGCCACCUCCCAUUUGGCUUCAAAAAAGUAAUAUUGGAGUCUUUGGAAUCCCAUUGUCCAUAUAUUAAUGUCGAUGUCUUUCUCUCUCUCUCUCCCUCCCUCAAAGUAGCUGCUGAUUGGCAGAUGCAUAGGGAGGGUGUGGCCAGCCACUGCACUUCGUUCUCUGUGUCUCACUCCUCGGACAGUCAGCAGCAGAACACAGAGACGCACCGUUGUUAUCUGAGCUCAGCCACUGAAGUUUUCUUCUGCUGUUGGUCACUGGAACUAUUUGGUACUCUUUCUCAAGGCUUUAGUUUGCCUCGUUCUCGUCUUUAAAUUGUUUUUGAAGUGAACCGAGUCGACAAUGCGCAGGUUUCUGGUUUCUAAACCGAGCAACAGUGCUAAGGCACUAGCGGCAGAAGCCGGCUCGUCGGCUCCUGCUUCUCAACUCGCCACAACCAGUUGCACAAGCACCACAGCCCCUCCUGCUGUCCCCAUCGCUACCAACCCAGCCGUUGCUGUGGGUGACACAGGCCUGAACAGAAGCGCACCAUCCCAACCCACCGCUCGUGUUUUCCCCAAGCGCCAUUUUGGGAAGAACAUGCGCUCAUUUUGCCCUACCUGGUAUCGUGGGAGACCAUGGCUGGAAUAUUCAGUAUAGCUGGAUGCGUGCUUUUGUUUCCCAUGUCGUAAGUUUGGGGGGAAGAACAAUGAAAGGGAUUUGGUUUUCAUAAAACAAGGAUUUAAUAAUUGGAAAACAGCACUGGAAAAGGGCAAGGGAUUCACAAAGCAUGCAUCAAGACAAUGCCACAUAAAAAAUGAAAAAGCUGGUCUGAAAUGUCCCAAAGAGUGAACACAGGGGAAAUGAUAGGUAAUUUAAUAAGUCCCACACAAAUAGAGAAAAACAGAUACUACGUAAAAACUGUUGGAGAAGUAGUUCAGUUCCUAGCAGUAAAUGAACUGGUGUGGACAGCUCCAGUGGUGAUGAUUUCUCUGCAGGACUGUUCUUAAAAAUGGUCGACUACACACUGGCCAAAGACUCCAAAUUUAAUGAAAUAAACAAACACAUCCCAGAAUAUGCAAAAUACACAUCUCACAACAUACAAAACUAAUUAUUGCAACACUGGCAAAAAUGGUAUUAAAAUGAUCAAAGAUAAUUAUGACAAAGCUGAUUAUGCUGGGUUUUGCAUUAAAAGUGAUGGAACUAGGGACAGAUGUGGAGAAUCAGUCGUGACGCCUUGGCUACAUUUCCUGCAAGACUGAGAGGAGGAGAGCCACCUUUGUCCCCAAAGCCAUUCUGCUCUUUACUUCCAGCAGAUAAAGAUAAGAGCAUCCCCUCCAUAAACCCUCUCCUUGGACUCUCCAUAUAUUUAAUUUUUAUACAGCCGGCACUUUAGUCACUUUAUUCACUUCCUCAGUGGUUUUUUUACUAACUUUAUUCAUCUUUGUUAUUGCAUUUAACAUUUUGCUUGCAUAUUUGACUGAUUUUAUCCAUCUUCUUGCUGCAUUAUUCCUUUUCGUAUUGCCUAUUUACUCAGUGUUCGUUUGUCCAACGUCAUGCUGCUCUGCUGCUAUUUUUCAAUUGCCCCUUGGGUAUAAAUAAAGUUUUUCUGAUUCUGAUUCACAUCACAUUCCAGAAGGUAAUCAAAAAGGUGGCAAUGAAAAGGAAAAUGCUGGAACCUGUUUUACCAGUUCUCAGGAACUGGGACUCAGUCUCCCCCCACAAGCAACAAUAAGGAGUUUCAGCUCAGUCGCCUGCUCAUAAAUACCAGCAUCAGAGCAGAGGAGAUGCAUCCUCAGCAGUCCUUCAUCCAGACUCUCUAAGCUCCGAAGAUAUAGCCAAGCAGACAAUGACAAGUGAAAGCUUUAAGCAGGAGUUCUUGGACACCCACAACAAGUACAGGUCAAUGCACAAUGCUGGGCCACUGAGGUACAACGACGGUAUGUGUGCCAAGGCUCAGGAGUGGGCCGAACACUUGCUGCAAAUUCAACGCCUGCAGCACAGUGGCACAGACGAUGGAGAGAAUGUUUUCUACUUGCAGGGUCCUGAUCUAGCAAAUGUAAAAGGAAACAAAGCUGUGGAUUCAUGGUACAGUGAGAUCAAAGAUUAUGAUUUCAGCUCACCAAGAUUCCAAAGAGGAACAGGUCAUUUCACUCAGGUGGUUUGGAAAGAAACCACUGAACUAGGAGUGGGAGUGGCCAGCAGGAACGGAAUGACAUUUGUGGUUGGACAGUACCGCCCAGCUGGUAACAUCAACAACCACGGGUACUUUGACAAAAAUGUCUCACGAAAAGUCAAGUAAAAAGAAGCUGGAGAUCCUGGUGAAGAGGAAAACCUGCACCCUGCUGGAGAUGACAGGAACCUUCCUGCAUUGAAGAAAUUUGACUGGUUUACUCUAAUAAAACACUUUAAAACAA